CAACAAACUUGAUGCACGCGAUCUCUGGACCUGUUUGAGAUAAAGCUUUUCGGAAACGAUUUAGAUCUACCGUUUUAUAUUGGAAGGAAGCAGGUACAAUCAAGAAGUAUGCUCUCGCGUGUUACUAGCUCCUUCGUCAAGGUACAGACAUGUGCCUGUUCUCAGGCAUGCAACAUCCAAUUACAACAACAACAACAAGGAUGCAGGAAGAUCCAGCUAGCCCCGAACAAUGUCAUAGCUGCCAGUACACAACAUGUAAGGUCUUUCUCUUCCAAAAGCUUUCAGACUUCAAACUCAAAUUACCUCAAUGUGUUGCAUUCAAGUUCAAUACUCGUGUCACAGGGUAUGUUAAAAACUGCUGAAAGACUUAGUUGUUUACAACUCCGCCACAGCUCACAGUAUGUUACUGGGGCAAGGUACGUGGAGCAGCUAAAAGAGAAUGAUGACAUUUGUGAAGCAGCGCUAAGAAAUGGACAGUUUGCAUUGUUCUACGAUCUGAGGGCUUUCAUUCAAGGUGACGGUGCUUCAAAAAGAAUGAACCUUGUUUGGAGAGGUGCUGACGACAUGAAACAGGUGCUUGGGAUAGUUGAUGGGAUGAAGCUCACCGAUGCAGUACUAAUGAAUUCCACUGGCAAGGACCCUGACCAACCAGCAAGGUUUGCUAUCAACAUUCCUAAGGCAGAUGACACACUCCAGCAGUCGUUAGAGAGAUUAAUGGAUGCAGAGACCAUUGGGAUCAGGAGGGCGCUGUUUACCCUUGGCAGGGGAUAUCUUCAUGAAUAUCUACAGGCCUAUGCUCUGUUGCAGUGGCAUUCUCUUCAAACAUUCUGUUCAAAGUGUGGGGCUAAGAAUAAGAAGAACUUGGCCGGAAGUCGCCGCAUCUGUUCAAGUUGCUCUGAAGUCCAUUACCCGACGAUGAAACCAAUAGUCAUUACCCUGGUUACGAAUGGGGACAAGUGUCUGGUUGCUAGGCAACCACAGUUUCCAAUUGGAAUGUACAGCGCGUUGGCUGGAUUCUGUGAUAUGGGUGAAACGUUGGAGGAUACUGUAAGACGAGAGGUAGCAGAGGAGGUUGGUCUAGAGGUCGAGGACAUCACCUACUGCUUUUCCCAGCACUGGCCUAUCCCUAGCAGUGGUCUCAUGUUAGGAUGCUAUGCUACUGUCAAGGAAGAUGAUCAGAUUCUGAUUGACAGGAAUGAACUGGAGGAUGCCAAGUGGAUGGACAGAGAGGAAGUACAAAGUAUACUCCAGCAGUCGCCAGGUCAAGGGUCACAGUGGUUCCCUCCUAGAUAUGCCAUUGCCCAUCAGCUGAUUGCAGGAUGGGCCUUCAAGAAAUGACCAUCUCAUUGACUUCCAUUCCGGUCUUCCUUACGCAAGUGUGUUCCAAUUCAACAUAUGUUCAUCGGGCAGCAUUUUACUAAAUCGUCAUGUUCGCAGAUGUCCUAUUGAAACGCGUGCAUCGGAUAUUUAAGCACGUUUCAAUGGGAUGUUGGCACACUUGUACUUUUGACAGUCUAGUGAAACAAUGCCCAGAUUUACAUUCAUCCCCUGCAAUACAUGUAACUAAUAUUGUGCAAUUGAACAAGUUUCAUGUCAAUCCUUGUGAUGUUAUUUUUUAUUUUUUUUUAGAGAGAGAAAUUAUUUUAAAUGUAAGAAAUUUGAAUUGUGACUUUGCAUUGGUGUCUUCACAGAUUUCGUCCAUUUUAUGUAGCCAAUGACAAACCGUACGCUUA